UUGGUAGGCAACGGGAUAGUGUUUUAUCAUGGCGGAAGUCGAUAGUUUUCUACAUUGGGAGACGUGAUGCCUGCGAAAAAGAAAGGUAAAGGAAAGAAGAAGGGAAAGAAGUCUGGAAAAAAGAAAUGCACGCCAGAAAAACCAGUCGAUCCUCUGGCACCAGAUCACAUCGUCCCUCCGCCGAAACCUGGAGAAAAGUUAAUAAAUCUACUGACUUCUAACCCUGUUGACGAGAAGGAGAUCCAUGGGAUAAAAGUAUCAACAAGAGUUUUAAAUGAGCUCACAGCACAAGAGGUCCGAGACCUGCGAACUGUAUUUGAGAUAUUCGACACAGAUUCUGAUGGGUUCAUUGAUGCUGUUGAACUUAGGAAGAGUCUUCGAGCACUUGGUUUUAAAAUUAGCAAAGAAGAUGCGAGAAGAAUGAUAAUGGACAUCAGCAUAAAAGGGAAAGGGAAAGUUGACUUCCGAGAUUUUCUUGACACAGUGUUGGACCGACAGGGAGAUUCACGUGACAUUUAUGACGAGAUACUCAAAGGCUUCAAAAUGUUUGAUUCAGACAACUCUGGGCUGAUUUCGAUGGAGAACCUGCGCCAGGCAUGCAAGGAGGCGGGAAUCAAGUUCACCCAGCAGGAGCUGGAGGACAUGAUCGCUGAGGCCGACCUCAACGGAGACGGCAAGGUUGACGAGUCCGAGUUCCUCAGAAUGAUGCUGCAAACAAACCUCUUUUGAUGACCUCUGGAGGGCAGAUCUAGGGUUUCCAAGGGGGAGGGGAGGGGUAUGGGGUGGAUGAGACAGAGUUUCUCAAAAUGAUGCUGCAAACAAACCUCUUUUGAUAACCUCUAGAGAGAAAAUCUAGGAUUUUCUAGGGGAGUGUGAGGGUGGGAAAGAAGAUGGGGGUGGAUGAAUUACAGUACCUCAGAAUUAUGUUCAGAGGGCAAUAUUUAGGAUUUCCUAACAGUAGGGUGGAGAUGGGAAGGUCAUUGAAUCAUAUUUCCUUAGAAUGAUGUAACAAACCAACCUCUUUUGAUGACCUUUAGAGUGGGUUAGGUUGGGUGGGGGGAAGAUAGGAUGGUGGACGAGUUACAGUUCUUUAGAAUGACUUCCAGAGGGCAAGGUUUAGGACUUCUGAAAAUGGGAAGGUCAACGAGUCGGAAUUCUUAAGUAUGAUGUUGACAAUUUAAAGUUUUUUGAUGACUCUAGAGGGCAGAUCUAGGAUUUCAGAGGGUGGGUGGGGUGGUUUGGGAGAGAAGAUGGAACGUUUAGUGAGUCAGAGUACCUCAGAAUGAUGCCACAAACAAAACUGAUGACCUCUAAAUGGCAGAUCUAGGAUUUUUGAGGGAAAGGGUGGGAAUGUAGAUGGAUAGUGGACAUGUCACAUUGUUUUCAGAAUGUUGUUACAAACCAACCUCUUUUGAUGAACUUUAGAGUGCAGAUCUAGGAUUUCCGAGGGUGGGGGUUGGGGGAAGAAUAGAGAAGGGGCUGUGGACAAUUCAAGUUGCUCAGAAUUUAUGUUUAAAAAUAACUAUCACUCGUUUGUAAAAGUGUGAUAGUUUUGUGUUUAUAAUGGAUAUCGGUGUAAUUUGAUGUUGUUGCAAUUUGAAUAUUGUUUAAUGCAUAAUAAUUUAUAUUUUUAUACAAAAAUAUAUAUACCUGUGCACC